AUGGCGCGCACCCCAUAUCAGCGAAAUGAGAGAUACAACUCCCAGGGAAACUCCGACGCCUACACCAACGGCGAGCGUUUUCGAGUCACCACUUCCCUGAUCGGAUAUGUUUGUAUUGGCGUUGCUGGCACUGUUUGUUGGACAGCUGGAAGGAGAAGUGGAAGAAGUGCCAGUGCUGGAAGCGGUGGUGCUGGAAGCGGCCACUAUGCUCGUCGCCAUAGUGGGUUCAGCAGAGGAGGAAGUAUUCGCCAGGACAGCUUUGUUGGGGAUUAUACUGCCAAGGGGAAUCUGAAUCGGUGCCUGGCUGUUCGCGCAGCCUAUGCUGUUGGAUGA